ACCCCCCCACUUACAACUCACACCACAACCAUUUCACUUCUUUCUCCCUCAAUUUAUCCGCUCUAGUCUCGUUCUAAGUAUGCUCUGUGGUUGCGGAUAAAUCCGAUCUUCCACAUCAGAAAGAAUUACUAGAGUUUGACCCUAAAGCCCCCGUCCCACUAAGGUCCCGUCCCUUACAAACCUGAACCCGUCGAACCUCUGUCCGGCUUCUGCCAAAAAAUGGACGAAGAGGCUCUUCGUGUAGGUUUUUUUUGUGUUCUUAUUUUUAAUCGUAACAAUUUGAUUUUGUGAUUUUUUUUAUCAAAACAAUCUCUGAUUUGAUUACUUUUUUUAUAGAUGGGUGCCGAGAUAUACGAUCCUCGAUUGUAUAUCCAUUAUGGGCAAGAGAUAUGAGACUCUUAACCGAUCAAGAAGCUCAUCGCUCCCGUGCUAUUUGGGAUAACAAUCCGGAAUCACUUAUUCCCGUCGUUCAUAAAGGGACCACAAUCUUGCCCCCUUGGCAUCCACGGUUGGCGCCCUAUAUAGAGAGGACCGGGUUGGGUAUGUUGCGCCAUUUCAUGCGGAUCGAAAUCGACAACGAUCUGCUUACAGCAAUGGCGGAGCGAUGGCGUCCCGAAACCCAUACAUUCCACCUUCCGGAGGGGGAAAUGACGAUCACCCUCAAAGACGUGGCGAUCCUCACCGGGCUGCCGAUUACUGGAGAUGCCAUCAUUAGGCCCACUACCAAACCCGAAGGAGGUUGGGGGCCGCUCAUUCUUGCUCAGUUGGGAUUUGACAUGCCGACCACCACACCAAUUCAAGGACGGGGGCAUCCACCGUUGAAUGCGGGACAAGUGUCGGUCCCGUGGCUGGUAGCUCACAUCCAGAAUGAGGUGCAAAUCAAUGACGAGACUCCGGAAGAUCAAGUGGAGCGCUAUGCACGCAUCUACCUCAUUGGUCUGGUGGGUGGAUUUCUGUUCCCCGACAAGUCAAACCGGUGGAUUCAAGGCAUAUGGUUGCCAUUGCUCACUGGUGACUGGGACGCAAUCGGGGAAAAGAGCUGGGGAUUGGCCGUGUUAGCUGGCAUAUACCGGGAGCUGUGCACUUGCUCGAAGGUGGGAGCAAAACAAGCUGGUGUUGCGAUGUUCAUCCUACAGCUGUGGGUAUGGGAGCAUCUUCCAAUGUUCGCACCUCUAGACCCACGUCCAUACCGGAGAGCCGAUGAUGAGCUAAACUUUCUGCAAUAUCCCCCUUACGGUGUCAAGUGGAUAGGAGCAAAUGCGAAUGACCAUCAACCUGAGCAUUCGUUACUGUUUUAUCGUUCUGAGUUAGAUAAGCCUUGGUGGAAUCAGGUUACUUGGGAUCCAUAUCCACGUGAAGUGGUCAAACUGCAUCAUCUUAGAAACCCUCUGGAUCACGAGACGUGGUUGUGCAAGGUGCCAUUGAUCUGUUGGCACAUCGUGGAGUGGCACCUACCCGAUCGAUCCUUGAGGCAAUAUCGAAUGGAGCAACCAAUUCCACAAACCCCGCCUCAGGGUUUCAGGGAGCUACAUGCCAUCGACCUCCGACACGCCUCAAAGAAUUGGAUCCUAAAGCAUCAGUACUACAUCAACAUAUGGGAGAAUAGAAGGACAUGGGUGGUCCAAGGGAUGCCGGAGGCGAGACCGAUGGGCUACCACGAUGGGUACAUGCAGUGGUAUCGGAAGUUCACCAAUCGAUGGGUGUCAAAGCAAGGUGCUGUGAUGGGUUCGUUGGUUGAUGGUUUGGAACACGCCAAACACACCCUCGAUAGUGCUCCAAGCAUGGAUGAGCCGAAAACUUCUUGGCUGCGAAGGCUUAUGAACAACCUCUUGAGUUGUACUCGAGAGCAAAGGAGGGAUGUCGUGGCCUAUCCUCCCAUUCCCGCUCCGGCACGCCUAUCAUUCUGUGAUGGUGAGCCCAUUGUGCCCCCGGUUGAGCCCCCACGAAGGAGCAAACGCAGGCCUCUCCCUACUUUCGAAGAGGUGCGUACAACUCAAGAAACCGAGCUCCCUGAACCAUUUGAGUACGAGUGGGCACCUGCAUCGGAUGUCGCUGGAGGUUCAUCUCAGAGUGAACAAAAUUUUGCCCAUUUCCACCAUCAGCAACAGAGUUCGAUGUAUCACACCCCGCAUCAACAAACCCCUCACCGCCCGAUCUACCAGCAGGCUACCGGUCCAUCUCAGCCCCCUCCACCGCCACUUGUAACUCCAGUAGGGGCUCGGGUUAAGAGAAAUCCGCGACAAGUCGUUGAGCGAGCCCGCCAAGAAGCAGAAGGAGGAGGUGGAAGAAGGGGUCGAGGACGUCGUGGAGGACGAGGAGGAGGGCGAGCGGAGGGCCAAAAUGAGGGGCAACCAAAUGAAGAAAACCAGUGAUUUGAGUUUGAGUUUGCAUUGUCGUUGAGUUAUCCAUGUUGUUUUUAAAAUUUUUAGGUCUUGUGAUUUGAGUUUGCAUUGUCUAAAAACUAUCCUACGCACUUAAGUUGUCAUUGAAACACUUUAUUGAUGACAUUUCUUGUUUUAUUUUUCUGGAUCAAUUUAUCAAGAAUUAGAAUCUAAGCUCAACACAAAAAACUUGGGAAAAUCAAUCACGAUCAUGUAGAAUUUUACAGAUCUCAAUUCCGAUUUAAAACGAGUGAGAUAAGUUAGUUCAAAGCUGCACAUGUCGUUAGAGUAACGUUUGCGUACCUAAAACUAAAACGAACGUAUCUUAUUCGUUUGGCGUCGAAAUAACGAGCCGUUUGCGGCUACGCGAUCGUAUCGACAAGGAGAACAUUUUUUAGUGAACAACGGGGUAAUGAAAAUUAAACAGAGUG